AUGACUUCUUCACCGAAUGUAUCCUAUCGCAUCCCCACAAUCAUCAUUCUCGCCGUCCUCGCCAUCUUCGGCCUUGACGCGCUCCUCCUCCAGCUCGAACGCAAUGGCUACAUGGACAUGUCACGCAACAUAAUCCAAGACCCUCUACCACGCUUCUUACCCGAUACCGACAGAUUAAUCCUUAAGAAAUACACGGGAAUUGGUCUUCUUGACGAUUUCUUCGCCUUUUCGAAUAUCGUCUGGGCGAGCGUCACGGAUGGCUCGAGGCCGGAACUGUCGCUUUUCACGAUCUGCUUUGGAGGGCAGCUUAUUGCUACGUUUAUGGUGUUUGUCAUUGAAGCGCAGAGAACUAUUGGAUGGAGCCCUCUUGUACUCAAUGGUGCUGUCUGGCUGUGGAUUAUCCAGUCUGUCGGCUUUGGCUUUGUCGCGCCGGUAUACUACAUCGUGCAUCUCCUCUUCACUUCCAAGGCGUCAUACUCACAAAGCGUUCAUAUCCGCGACUAUCUCACUCUUCACACUGUAUUUCCGUCUUUUUUCCUGGGAUACAUUGUUCCUUGCAUUUUCCUGGUGUACCCGUUCUCCAACUACAAUGUUCGACAGUGGUCCAACGCCGUCUGGUCAAUGGCUCCUUUCUACAUUUUUAUCCUGCAGACUAUUUUCACUGGUAUUCUCAAGAGGAUUAGCGUCGGACAGGAUGCGAACAGGUCAAGGGUUAUGCUGGAGAAGGCUGCUCUGAGACAUGCCUACGGUUUUGCAUGGAACAUCGCUGUCGUGAGCCAAAUGACCACAUACGCAGUCCUCAUCGCAGCGAGCGCUUUUCCAGGGUUAUUCCCCAAAGGUAUCGCGGCGUCAUUCACCAUGGAAAAAGUCUUUGGUCCCGAUGCAGCACCGCAUACGAACAACCCCAUGUCCAGCGCUGGAGCAGCUAUGCAUAACUUUCUCAUCUACGAUUUCGCUACUGGUUCUGUCGCGGGACUUAUCUGGGGUCUUCAGCAGCUUUUGGAGGUGAAGCCUGAGUUGAAGAGUGGGGAGGAGAGGACGAAUCUUGCUAGGGGAGUUGUUACGAGUGUUUUGCUUUCGGGACCUGGUGGUGCGCUUGUUGCGUUGAUGCAACAUCGCGAUGAGUCUGUUUUGAGUGCUGAGGCCAAGGCUGAGAAGACCAAGUGA